CCAAAAGCUCAUUGGGAUCUCCAAUAAUUUUUUUUUUAAAAUAAAAUUAGUCCCCAUUAAAAUCUUGAGUUUUCCUAAUACACAAUUAGUUAUAAUAGCAAGAAGAAGAAUUAAUCUCAAAAUCAUUAAUGGCUGGAUCACAUGUUCCGAAAUUUGGGAACUGGGAUGGCGAAAAUGUACCUUACACAGCCUGUUUUGAGACUGCGCGUAAAGCUAACAAAGGCGGUAAGAUGAUGAAUCCAAAUGAUCCGGAGGAGAAUCCAGAGGCCUUUGCAUACAGCAGAUAUGAUUAUGUUAGCAUUAACGUUUCUCCUGCGAAAAAAUCUGCAGUCGAAACACCUCAGUACCAUUAUGGUCAUCGCGGAAAGCCUUCUGCAGGGUCGGGCCAAAACAAGAGUACUGGCUCGACGAGUUCAAAGCUAGAGUUCUUUGGUGAUAGUCAGAGCAUUUCUGGUUUUCCGGUUAAACAGCUAGCACGACGACAAGGAACGUGUGGUGUUACGAAGAAUAAGAAUGAUCGCGGCAAUGGCUUCGUUCUGCCUAGUCCGAAUAGACUGAUGAAAAAUAGCAGAAAUCCAUCUGAUGAUCUUUCUUGUUCUUCAGUGCCAAAAUUUGGUGCAUGGGAUGAGAAAGAUCCAAAAUCUGGAGAAGGAUUUACAGUAAUUUUCAACAAAGUUAAAGAGGAAAAGCAUACAGCAGCUGCCAAGUUCCCUAUUGUGCAGCCACAAUCAAACAUACCUUCAUCACAUAAUCACAAAACAAAUGCUAAAUCAAAGGUGUUUUGCUGCCUUUUUUGAAAUCAUAUAGUAUGGUUUGCCCAGAAGAUGCAUUGAAUAUUUGUAUUAAUAUUUGAGAAAAUACUCUGUUUCCACCUUGAACUUUACGCGAAAAGGCUGAGACAUACCCAAACACUUUAGGAGGAUCCUAUUACCUCCUGGACUAAUUAAAACCGUAUUUUUGACAAUCUUAGUGCAUACGUGGCACAACACACUGAAGGGUCCACGUAAGCACACGUGUGUGCUACGUAUGUUCUACGCAGACACUAAAGUUGUCAAAAAUACGAUUUUAAUUAGUCCAGGAGGUAAUAGGACCCUCCUAAAGUUCGGGUGUAUCUCAGCCUUUUCGCGUAUAGUUCAAAGUGGAAAUAGAGCAUUUUCCCUUGCUAUUUCUUAUAGUUGUGGAAGAACAAUUUGUAUGUUUAUUGAAUCACAAUAUUGUAUA